GAUUGCUACCAUCUCCGAGGAGCUGUGUAUUGGAUGUGGUAUCUGUGUUAAGAAAUGUCCGUUUGAAGCAGUUACCAUUAUCAAUCUGCCGAGUAAUCUGGAGAAGCAGACUACGCACAGGUACUCUCAGAACUCCUUCAAGCUCCAUCGUCUACCCAUUCCUAGACCCGGAGAAGUUCUAGGUCUGGUUGGAACCAACGGUAUCGGGAAAUCUACUGCUUUGAAAAUCCUGGCAGGAAAGCAGAAACCCAACCUGGGUCGUUAUAUCUCGCCCCCAGACUGGACUGAGAUCCUUGCCUAUUUCCGAGGUAGUGAGCUCCAGAACUACUUCACCAAUCUUAAGGCCGUCAUUAAGCCUCAGUACGUGGACCAGAUCCCCAAGGCCGUAAAGGGAUCCGUUCAGUCUUUGCUAGAUAAGAAGGACGAGCUGAAACGGCAGGGUGAGGUUUGCAAUAUCCUAGAUUUGAACAACGUGAAGGAGAGGGACGUACAAGAUCUUUCCGGAGGAGAACUCCAAAGAUUUGCGUGUGCGAUGGUUUGUAUCCAGGCUGCGGAUAUAUUCAUGUUUGACGAACCUUCCUCUUACCUAGACGUCAAGCAGAGAUUGAACGCUGCUUUCGCAAUCCGUAAUCUAAUUGCCCCAAAUAAAUUCAUUAUUGUGGUUGAGCACGAUCUCUCUGUGCUCGACUAUUUGUCCGAUUUCGUUUGCUGUCUAUACGGUGUACCCGGAGCUUAUGGCGUUGUUACUAUGCCCUUCUCAGUCCGGGAAGGAAUAAAUAUAUUUCUGGAUGGGUUUGUCCCGACGGAGAAUCUCCGGUUUCGAGAAGAUGCUCUGAUUUUCAAGGUUUCUGAGAACGCUACGGAGGAAGAGGUAAAACGUAUGACGAGAUACGACUAUCCUCAUAUGAAAAAAACUAUGGGAAGCUUCACUCUUGAGGUAGACCAGGGACAGUUCUCCGACUCCGAGAUCCUUGUUCUUCUCGGAGAGAAUGGAACCGGGAAAACUACAUUUAUCCGGAUGAUGGCUGGAAAACUACCACCGGAUGAGGAGAGUGGAGAGAUUCCGUCCUUGAACAUUAGUUACAAACCACAGAAGAUUUCCCCUAAAUCUCAGGGUACCACUAGACAGUUGCUCCAUGAGAAGAUUAGAGAUGCUUACAUUCAUCCUCAGUUCAUCGGAGACGUCAUGCGUCCUCUUAAGAUCGACGAUAUUAUCGACCAGGAGGUCCAGAACCUGUCUGGAGGAGAACUGCAGCGUGUCGCCAUGGCGCUCUGUCUCGGUAAACCUGCUGAUGUUUAUCUAAUCGAUGAACCAUCGGCGUACCUUGACUCGGAGCAGAGAUUGGUCUGUGCCAAGGUGAUCAAGAGAUUCAUUCUGCACGCCAAGAAAACCGGGUUCAUCGUGGAGCACGACUUCAUCAUGGCAACAUAUCUUGCGGAUAGGGUGAUCGUGUUCGAGGGAACUCCAUCCAUCUCCACCAAGGCCAACGCUCCCCAGUCUCUGCUCGGGGGAAUGAACAAGUUCCUCCAGCAGCUUAAGAUCACGUUCAGGAGAGAUCCAAACAACUUCAGGCCUAGGAUCAACAAGCUCAACUCUAUCAAGGAUUGUGAACAGAAACUGAACGGGAACUAUUUCUUCUUAGAAGAUUGAGAUUAACCUUAGGCAGGUUAUCUGAACCAUGGGACGGCUUACAUGGAUCGUGGAGCCGGGAUCUUGAACUGAGCCUGGAAGGUUGGGAAGGCUCUGAACUUGGUCUACUAAUCCUGUAUCUACCGCCCCACUGUAUAUCUGGGUAUGGUUAAGGGGUGGUAGGUUGGGAUCAGCAACGGUUAUCCAUGGACUAAACCCGUUCAGCUGCUGUGAUAAUAUUGUAUUCGUCCUUAUCCUUAUCGUCAAUAAAACAAUUCUAGCAAUUUA